CAGCAUCAGCUUCAUUCACUGCAUCUUUUGCCGACAGUUCUAUCGCUUGUCGCUGCAGUCAUGGACCGUGACAGGAGACGCGCAGACAUUCCGCCUGAGGACCAGUAUGGCACUGGGCGAGGGCAAUCCUAUCGUCCUGGCAAUGUCCGCGAACGCACGCCGCCCUCUCGACUAGGCGGAGACAGCUACCGCGCUCGAUCACCACCGCGGCGCAACGACUAUCACGACUCCUACAAAGCAGAUACCUACCGCGCACCUCGAGGUCGCAGUCGCAGUCCUCCCCUGAGGCGAGACGAUGACCGCCUGCCGUUGCGAAGAGACGACGACCGAGUACCUGCCCGCCGAGACGACGACCGCCUUCCUCCGCGACGAGACGACACCUAUCGCCGUCGAUCGCCCUCGCCAGCCCGAUUCCGUGAUGACCGGGUGCCGCGCGGCGGGGACAGCUAUCGAGGUCGGCCACGAUCGCCGUUGCCUGCAAGAAGAGAAGACUUGCCGAGAGAUGACUUGUUUCGGAGAGAGCCUGCAAGAGACGACCGAGACUACAGAGAUGCGCGCGAUUACAGAGACGAGCGAGACACUAGACCUUACGUCGCUCCUGGCCGGUCGCCGCUGCCACGCUAUCGAGAUCGCAGCCCGUUGCCGCUGAAGAGGGCAAGAGACCCAUCGCCCAUUUCUAGUAGAGGUCGGCGAUCGCCUCCGCCUAUGAAGCGCGAACGUUUAGCAAGCCCUGUGCGACCUCGUUACGAUGACUAUCCACCAUCUCGAGCUGCUAGUCCUCCACGAAGGAGGUACUCACCGGAUCCUCGAGAUCGCAGAGGGUAUUCGCCUAGUGUGAGGGGUGCCACGAGAGACUAUAGGCUGCGCUCUCGAUCGCCGCUCGCAAGGAACGAGAGGGGUGUCGAUCCUAGGACUGUCGAUAACUGGCGACGCCCGCAGCGUUCGCCCGCUCCUCGUCAAGACCAUGCUUAUCGCGACGACCCCGGUGUCAACUCCGGAACCACUUCACGGAGGUCGUCCCCUCCUCCGAUACAUCCCAGCAGGUUGAGCCACCUCCCGAACGAGGAAAGGGCACCACUUAACAGGGCCUCUCCUCUCGAUCCCUAUGAUACGCGAGAACCGUAUCGUGCGUCCGACCACGAGCCUCCACGAGGGCACCACACUCCUCAGACUAGAGAUCUGGAAUACUCUGACCGCGCCUACGAGAGAGAGCGCGAGAUCCCACCUCCAAGAGAACCACGUCGCGAUGAAGAGUCUUCGCUCCCCACUCGGACCCCUCCCACUGGGCCCAGUAGCCAACGCACGCCUGCGACGAUGGCGCCCCCUACCGGACCUUCUGCUACUGUUGGCGCCCCCUCCGGACCUCGUGCCGCAGCCGGACCACCAUCGGGCCCGCGUGGAGCACCAGCUGCUAGGGGUGACUUUGCGCCGCGAGGGAGAGGAGGCUUUGGUGGAGGUGAUUUCGCUCCAAGAGGGCGUGGAGGAUUUGGUGGCAGUUUCCGAGGAGCUCGCGGAGGUGGCUUCGGUCGUGGCGGUGCAGAUGGAGGGUUUGGUCGAGGCGGAGGAGACGUUGGCUUCAGCAGAGGAGGAGGUGAAGCAGGUCAUGUUGCACCUCGCAGCGUAUCUGAGCAGGUUUUCAGCCCUCCAACUGGACCGGCAGCGGCUGUGCCAAGUGGUCAACCUCCAUCUGGACCUAGGAGCUCUUUUUCCGGAGGCCAGCCGCCUGCCUUUCCCCGACAAUCGAGUGUGAGUUCCACCAACCCAUAUUCACGCACACAACGCUUCGGCAGCGUAGCCAAUGGCACUGGAAAUAGUGAUGCGAUCAUGUCUGACAUUCCGACCGGUCCUAAAGGCGCUCGUCGACCAAACGAAGCUGGCAUGAUCACCGCUCCUGCGGCAAAUCGGGUUCAUCCAGCCAUUGCAGAGCUUCCGAAGAUCAUUGAAGGGGGCCAACGCGCUGAACCCGUCGUCGACAGGUCGAAACUUAAGAAACUGGAAGAAGAAGCCGAGAAGCUGAGACGACAGCUUGAGGAGAAAGAGCUGCGCAAUCGUCGAAGCAUGCGAGACUGGGACAAGGGACAGAGGGAGCUUGAAGUUGCUGGGCUGAGAAGCGAACUCGCAGAGCAGGCCCUUCGCACCUUGAAUGGAGAGUCGGAAGGCCAGGCGGCUUUCUAGUAGCAGGUUUUGCUUAUCCUUUCGCUCCAUUGAGUAUGCGGGGCGCCGAAGUAGAUCGAAAGUUGGGUAAAGAAUGUGUCAAAUAGGAUG